AUGGAAAAGGAUGAUAUCAUCGAGAAAACAGAAGGUCCAACGCCCUGGGUUUCCCCAAUCGUUGUUGUGCCGAAACCCAAAAGUCCAAACGAUGUUAGAAUUUGUGUGGAUAUGCGAGCUGUCAACAAGGCAAUCCAGCGAGAACGUCACAUAACCCCCACCAUAGAUGACGUCAUAGCAGAUCUAAAUGACGCUAAAGUAUUUUCAAAGCUUGACCUCAAUCAAGGGUAUCACCAACUUGAACUCUCAGAAGAAUCACGCUACGUUACAACGUUUAGCACCCAAGUCGGCCUGAGGAGAUAUAAGCGAGAUUCAACAAAACCAGCGUUGAAUAUUUUGGAUAUGUAUUCUCAUCGCAGGGCAUUUCACCUGACCCUCGCAAAGUCGAAGCUAUACGCAACUCCCAACCUCCAUCCAAUCCAAACGAAGUCCGAAGUUUUCUAG